CCUCGCCUUAUGUCAAAAUCAUCCCGACAUUUCAAGGAAAUUGAUGCGUGAAAAUUUUUACACUAAACCAAAACCCAUUAAUGAUGUUCAGUGCCAAAAUUCGUGAGGAGGAAAACUAUAGACGUGUGACGAAAAUAAAUAUGAACUCCGUGACUUGCUUCCAUGGCCUUAAAUUCAGUCAACCAGCACCUCCGCCUCAGCCCCAGAUUCCUCACCUGGCCUCGAAUGGCCAGUCACAGUCGAGCUUCCACCAAAUGGCGCGCAUGAUGGACUCCCUGAUCCUGGACAACUUUGGACCGUUCGCCUUCACGAAGAUCACGGCCACGCACCGCCCAACGCUCGUCUCGCGGGGCUCCGGCGAGGGUGGCGGCCUGAAGAAGACCCCCAUCGCAGCAUCAGCCUCCAAUCUGUCGCACAGCACCGCCUCGUACGGCAAGAUCAACUAUGCGGGCGGGAAAAUGGCGAGUCAGGAAAAUGCCCGUCAGCACGUGGCGGAAGUGCAUCCGAUGCUGCGGACGAACUCGUCCACACUGUCACCACCAAAUCCCACGGAUUCGCGCUGGAUCUCAUCCCUGCGACGGCGCGAUCCCGAGCUGCAGCCCACACUUCCCUCGAUCAAUCACAAUCUCGGCCACAGCGGCUAUCAUUGCGAGAAGCGCGGGCGGAGCAGCAAGAUGUCCUCCUCGAUCCGAAAGAGUCGCUCCGUUGAACGAAUGCGCGCACGGAAGCUGAAGGCCAAGGAGAAGCCCAAGAAGUCGAGUUCAGAGGAGGCCGGAGCCUCUGACGACCAGGAAGCAACAUCAAUUGAAGACAAUCCUCACUCAACGCACACGAACUCGCCCAAGAGUGCCGGCAAGAGCAAGAACUUCCAUGCUGUAGGGUAUGAAAACCACUUGGUUGAGACACUGGAGAAGGACAUCCUGCAGAGGAAUCCAAAUGUGCAGUGGAGCGAUGUUGCUGGUCUGAAUGAAGCCAAGACAAUUCUGCAGGAAGCCGUAGUUCUGCCCGUUCUCAUGCCUGACUUCUUCAAAGGCAUCCGCCGGCCAUGGAGGGGAAUCCUCAUGGUCGGUCCUCCGGGCACCGGCAAGACCAUGCUGGCCAAGGCAGUGGCCACAGAGUGCGGCACAACCUUCUUCAACGUGUCCUCGAGCACCCUGACUUCCAAGUAUCGCGGCGAGAGUGAGAAAAUGGUGAGACUCCUGUUCGAGAUGGCUCGCUUCCACGCUCCCAGCACAAUCUUCAUCGACGAGAUUGACUCCCUGUGCGCCGCUCGUGGGAAUGACUCAGAACACGAGGCCAGUCGCCGCUUCAAGGCGGAGCUCCUCAUCCAGAUGGACGGUCUGAAUGUUUCCAGCAAUGAUGACAAGAUCAUCAUGGUGCUGGCGGCCACGAAUCAUCCCUGGGACAUUGACGAGGCCUUCAGGCGGCGUUUCGAGAAGCGCAUCUUCAUCGGGCUGCCGAAUGAGGAGACACGAUCGGCACUGCUGAAGCUCUGUCUCAAGGGUGUGAAUGUGUCUGGGAGUCUGGACACCAGUGUUAUUUCUGAUCAGCUGAAGGGCUUCACGGGAUCAGAUAUCAGCAAUAUUUGCCGUGACGCCGCUAUGAUGACCAUCAGGCGGAAGAUUACAGGCUGCUCGCCAAGUGAGAUCCGCCAGAUUCGGCGAGAAGAGGUGGACUUACCGAUUACCACCCAAGAUUUCCGGGACGCCAUGGCCAGGACGAGGAAAUCUGUGUCCAUGAACGAUGUGGCGCGCUUUGAGAAGUGGAUGGAUGAAUUUGGCUCUUGCUAAAAGGAAUAAAUCCUGAAUACAGUUUACAAACCUUUCAACAACAUUAUAUAAAACAUCCUCUUGUGGAAGAUAUCUUUACAUUAUUAACCCUAUGUUCUGAUUCAUUUUUUUUUGAGAAGUCUUACAAAAAAAAAGUGUAAUUGUGAAAGUAUAUAAUAAUAUUCGAAGGCACACCGUAAAGAAGAAAUUAGUUCCUCAACAAGUAUUUGCUUAAGAUUUUUAUGUCACACAUCUUAAUUCAAUAAAUCCGUUUUCAGAAUAAUCUAAUUUCGCUCCUUUCUUCCGCCCAAAAACCCCAUGAUUAAUGCCGCCCUAGAAAAUCCCUUUUGCGCCAGAAAGGAGGAAAUUGCUUUCUCUCGUGCUGCCACACAUUUUUCCCGAUGAAAUCACACUGAUAAGGAGAAAUUGAGAGAGCGAAAAUGGCUUUUUUUUCUCCACUUUUAUUAACGCAAAACAAUCCCUAAAUACAAGAAAAAUUGUUCCACUAGACAAAUAUUUUUCUUCUAAUUGUCACCUUCCUUGAGACUUUUACAUUCAUGUGUACAUUUAUAUUUCCUUAUUUCUUUUUAAAUUAAACUCCUUUUUCUGUAUACAGUCACUGUAAUAUCAAAGAAAGCACCAGAAAUUGUCUGGGCCGCUCUGGCGGACCGCAAUCUUUACAAAUUUCCCACACCAAAUAUUGUCAGGCACUAUUUUGGGGUCCGCAAGAACUGCCCUCGGGCUUUUUCU